AUGGAUUUACAAGACUUCACUAUUAUUGACAAGAGCUGGAUAGGACUUCCAAGAGACCACGAUGCAUUCAAAGCAGGAGUUCGAAAUUUCAUAGACUAUGCGAGCUGGGAUUUAGAACCCGACCAGAAAAUAUUUUGUCCUUGUAAGGAUUGCAAUAACAAUGAGAGAGAGCUUGUGUCUGUAGUGCACGGACAUAUUCUGUGGAAUGGCUUUAUGCCGGGAUAUGUCGAUUGGGUAUACCAUGGAGAAGGGGAUGACCAGGUGAGGGAAACAACCAAUACUGGAAAUGUGGUGCAGGACGACGAUGAAGAAAUGUCGGAUUUGCUGCAAGAAAUGAACUAUGACGCCUCCAAUUUUUACAAGUUGUUGAACGAUGCGCAGGUGUCACUAUAUCCUGGCUAUGAAAAAUUUUCAAGAUUAUCCUUCAUUGUGCACUUGCUUCAUGUCAAGUCCCUCGGUGGAUUGAACAUCAAGGGGUUUGAUGCGUUGUUGAGUCUCUUGACCAAAGCCUUUCCGGAUGCCAAACUACCAAAGAAUUUUUAUGAAGCUAGAACAACAAUCAAGGGCUUGGGGCUUGGCUACAUUUUGAUCGAUGCUUGCGAGAAUGAUUGUGUUUUGUUCUGGAAAGAGAAUGCAGAUAAAACUUCUUGCCCGGUAUGUCAUGCUUCAAGAUGGAAAACUACUGAAUUGAAUGUGGAUAACGAAUCAAUCAGAAGGACACCAAGAGCCAAGACUUCAGAGGUUAUUUAUGUCUUCAAAGACCCUUAUAUGCGAUAUCAUGUGAAAAGACGUCCCAAAGAUGGAGUUUUGAGGCAUCCAGUUGAUGCAGAGACAUGGAAGACCUUUGAUAAGAAGCACCCAGCGUUUGCAGCUGAUCCUCGCAAUGUAAGACUUGCAUUAGCAACUGAUGGGAUGAAUCCGUUUGGUAAUAUGUUGCAUCCACAUAGUACAUGGCCAGUUGUUCUCAUCAAUUAUAACUUACCACCGUGGUUGUGUAUGAAAGAGGAAAAUUUUAUCUUGUCUAUGAUAAUUCCUGGACCCAAAUCCCCAGGAAACGACAUCGAUGUGUAUUUGCAACCACUCAUAGAGGAAUUGAAGGAAUUGUGGGAUGAAGGUGUUGAAACUUACGAUAUUUCAAAAAAAGAGAAUUUUAAAUGUCGUGCAGCAUUACUUGGCACCAUCAGUGAUUUCCCUGCACUAGCUAUGCUUUCCGGGUGGAGCACCAAAGGGGAAUUUGCUUGUCCAUGUUGUGGUCCUGACCGAUGUUCAGAACGACUGAGCAAUGGGGGCAAGUAUUGUUACAUGCAUCAUCGCCGAUACUUGCCUGCUGGUCAUCAUUGGCGCCACCAGAAGUCAUCCUUUGAUGGAGAGAAAGAACUUCGAGAACCACCACAUCUGAUGAAUGGGGAUGAAAUUGCUCAACAGCUGGCUCAUUUUCGACAAGUUCAGUUUGGUAAGAACGCCAAACAGACUGGUCUGACAGAAAUAACACCGGUUACUUUUGAAACACAACUGGAAAAAAAGAGCAUAUUUCAUGAGUUGCCGUACUUAAGCUCAAUUAUAUGUUUUCAUAAUGUCGAUGUGAUGCACGUUGAGAAGAAUAUUUGUGAAACUGUAUUGGGCACAGUGAUGAAUGUAGAAGGGAAAACGAAAGACAAUCUUAAGGCCCGGUUGGAUCUGAUGGACUGGGGAUUACGGCCGGAGUUACAUUUGAGACAAGAGGGAGAUAAAAUAGUGGUGCCAACAGCUUCUUUUGUCAUGUCGCCCAAAGAAAAGGAAUCUUUUUGUAGAACUUUGAAGGAUAUUAAGGUUCCCGAUGGAUACUCAUCAAAUAUUUCUCGGUGUGUGAACGUUAAGGAUCGAAAGAUUAUGGGUCUGAAAAUUCAUGACUAUCAUGUAUUAAUGGAAUAUUUAUUGCCUAUUGCCUUACGUGGACACUUUGAUGGGGAUAUAUUGGAAGCACUGAGUGAGUUAUGUAUGUUUUUUAAAGUAUUGUGUACACGGGUUCUCAAGAUAGAGGAUCUGGAUAAACUACAAGAUAGUAUCGCAAUUACUUUGUGCAAGUUGGAAAGAAUAUUCCCCCCAUCUUUUUUUGUUGUGAUGAUGCAUUUGCCCAUUCAUCUAACACAACAAGCAAAGGAUGCAGGUCCAGUUCAGUAUCGGUGGAUGUAUCCGAUCGAGAGGUAUCUGCGUAAGUUGAAGUCUUAUGUGCGGAAUAAAGCUUGCUCCGAAGGAUCGAUGGCUGAAGCAUACCUUAUAGAUGAAUGUAUCACUUUUUGUACGCGUUACUUGAAUAGUGUUGUUACAAAAUUUAAUAAACUUGAAAGGAAUGAGGAUGAUGAGGCGCCACAACCUGAUUAUCGAUUAAUAGUUUUCAAACAAUCCGGUAGGCCCGUUGGAGCUGAAACUUGGGGACAGCUUACGGAGUCAGAGAUGAAACAAAUCCAACUUUAUGCUUUGCUGAAUACCAAAGAAAUAUACCAAUUUCAUAAAAAAGGUAAGGUGAGCGAUGAACUAUAUUCGUUGAGUCAAGGUCCUGCUAAAGAAUUUUUGAGUUACAAUGGCUAUAUUAUCAAUGGGUUUAGAUUUCAUACAAGAGAGUGGGAGAGUCGACGAAAGUCACAGAAUAGUGGACUGUGUGUCCCUUGGGAAGACGAAGGUGUAGCUGAAGAUGAAAAUGAUUUUUAUGGAGUUGUGAAUAAUAUUAUCGAGGCACGGUAUGUGGGUCAACUCCGAGUUCUUCUUUUCAAAUAUUCGGAUGGGGAGACUGAAACAGAAAGAUCGACUUCUAGUGAGGCAUAUCAAGAAUGGCAUUCAAGCUAUUCGAUAAAAGAUCUUAGAGGAGAGCCACAUCAGGAUCGCAGUGACAGUUUUGUUUGGGAUAGGAACGACGUUCCCCCAGAAACUAUCAGUCGUGCUGCAGCAGCAGUAGCUUGUCGAAGCCAAGAAGAUGAAGAGGAAAAUGACACGGAUGCCGUUUACACCUCUGAUGAUGAGGAUGAGUAUGAAUUUGAUGAUAAUAACAACCGCGAUGAUAUGGAAUUUUAA